GAACUCUAUGGAGGGGACAACCACACCCAGGUGACCGAGUUCCUCCUCCUGGGUCUCUCCCAGGACCCCAGGGAGCAGCAGGUGCUGUUCCUCCUCUUCCUCUCCAUGUACCUGGUCACGGGGCUGGGGAACCUGCUCAUCGUCCUGGCCAUCGUCACGGACCCCCGGCUCCACACCCCCAUGUACUUCUUCCUGGCCAACCUGGCCUCUGUGGACGUCUGCUUCACCUCCACCACCGUCCCCAAGAUGCUGGCCAACCACGUGAGUGGACGCCAGGGCAUCUCCUACGCGGGCUGCCUCACCCAGAUGUUCUUCUUCAUCUGGUGUGCUGGUAUAGACAGCUUCCUGUUGACGGCCAUGGCGUAUGACCGCUAUGUGGCCAUCUGUCACCCGCUGCACUAUGCCACCUCUGUGACCCCUCAGCUCUGUGCCCUCCUGGUGGCCGCCUCCUGGGCCGGAGCCUUGGGGAAUUCUUUGACUCACACGCUGUUACUAACCCGUCUCUCCUUCUGUACCAACAACCGGGUCCCCCAUUUCUUCUGUGACCUCAGCCCUCUGCUCAAGCUGGCCUGCUCAGACACCUUCAUCAACCAUAUCCUGGUGAACACAGUGGGUGCACUACCCAUCAUCACACCUUUCCUGGGCAUCCUGGUCUCAUACCUGCGCAUCUUUGCAGCUGUGAUGAAGAUCCCGUCCAUGAUGGGCAAGCGGAAGGCCUUCUCCACCUGCGGCUCCCACCUGUCCGUGGUCUGUCUGUUCUAUGGGACCCUCAUUGGGGUCUAUUUCAACCCCGCCUCCUCGCACACAGCUCAGAAGGACACUGUUGCGGCCGUGAUGUACACGGUGGUCACCCCCAUGCUCAACCCCUUCAUCUACAGCCUCCGGAACAGGGACAUCCACGGGGCUCUGGGGUCCCUCAUCUGCAGGAAGCGGGUGUUGACGGGGUGA